UGGAUGAAAAUCUAACAAGUCUUAACCAGGUUUGUCCCUGCUUGCUUGCCUUACAGAAGGGGGCGGGGCCGCGUUGAAGUCCAGCAGCGGGACUUCCUGUUUACCUGGAUGUCAGCCAGCUGCUGACAUCAAACCCAAGAUAUAUAUUUUUUUUUAAUUUCACUUAAUUUUUUUAAUGCCAGUUACUGCUUGUAAAACUCUUUACGUCCUGCAGCACACAUCAGCUCAGACCCGGAGUGCUGUAGCAGCUGCUAGCUCUGGUUAGCUGUAAUCCCAGAUCAUGUUGACUAUGUUUUAUGCUACUUCAGCUACGCUUAGCCUUUAUUAUUCGGUGUUUGGAAUCACAGGAGAAAUAGGAGAGGAGAGGAGAGGAGGUGACCGGAUGUUGCUGUUAGCUGUUGACACGAUUUAAAUAAGUGGAAUAAUGAAAUCUAGCGACAGCGAGGAAAUAAACAAUGUUAACUUGAAUGAUGGGAAUGAGGACAGACGAGUCCUGUCGGACUGCUCUUCAGGUAAACAAGUGACAGUGAUCAAACAGGAGCUUGGCUUUGAAGUGGACGCUGAGUCAGGCCAGGACAACCCAGUGAUGCCUGACAUCAAACAGGAACAUGAAGAACAUUCUGCCCAUUCACAGCAGCAACUGGACACCUGUUAUGAUGAAAGUAUCAAGUUCCCAUUUCUGGUUGUCCAGGUGAAGACCGAAGAUAAAGACCAGGAGACGCCUCAAUCUUCGCAAAACCUAACUGAGAAAACUGGUCAGUCAGGACGACCAAUAAAAACUGAAGCUGGUGGAGAUGAAAGUCCUGGUUCAGGUUUGAGUGAGGAUCAGAUCUCGGAGUCCUCUGACACUGAGGACAGCGCAGAGGACAGUAAGGAGACCACGACGCCCAACAAACGACGCGUACGGCGAGAACCAGGGGAAAAACCGUUUGCCUGCGAACUUUGUGGAAAGAGGUUUAGGAAACCAUCGAUUGUGAUGCGACACAUGAUGGUUCACACAGGAGAGAAACCCUUCGGUUGUGACAUUUGUGGGCAAAGAUUUGCCAGGAAGUUUAACUAUGACAGACAUGCCAAAACACACUCCGGGGAGAAACCCUGUAGCUGUGACAUUUGCGGGAAAAGGUUCACAAACAACUGUGACGUGAAGAGACACAUGGCAGUUCACAUGGAGGAGAAACUGUGCAGUUGCAAAGUGUGUGGGAAAAGAUUCACACAGCAAAGUUAUGUGAAGAGGCACAUGAGACUCCACACAGGAGAGAAACCACGCUGCUGCGACUUCUGUGGGAAAGGAUUUCUGCUUUGGCGCCACCUAGAAGAACACAUGAGAGUCCACACCGGGGAGAAACCAUUCAGAUGCAACGUUUGCGGGAAAAGCUUUGCAAAGCGCUGCAAUUUUAAGAGACACAUGAGGGUCCAUUCUGGAGAGAAACCAUGUCGCUGUGAUGUUUGUGGGAAAACUUUUGCACGGACAAGUUCUCUGAAGACACAUUUAAGCGUACAUUCAUGACGGCAAGAAAUGGGAUGAAAAGAGAGAGAGCUGCCGUUUAGCUGAUUAUUUUUCUGCUGUUUAUGUUCAGAGAAUUGAAUUCUGAUUGGCGUCUCGGAGCCAAACCUGAUCUUUUAUCGACAUCGUGUCGGUUUGGUUGGUGUGAAUUGUUUAUGGGUUCAAUAUCAGCAGACAAUCUUUUUUAUGGUAUGUCAGAUUUCAACUACAGAAAUUCAAAAAUGUUACAUCUAAACAUACAAUCAUUGAAGUUGGAGUUUGGUCUCUUUUUAUCACCUCACUUUGGUAAAUUACUACCAAUUGUUUUCUCUCAC